AUGUCGAUUGUUUUUAAUAAAUUUAGUCCUGCUGAGGCUCUCAAGUUUCGUCUUAUGAAGAUGUCAGGGAGUUCAGAAAAUGGCUGUGAACAUGAACAAGCCCUUUCGCGGACAGCGAAGAUUGUACUGAAAGCUACAGAGAAGGCAGGAACCUACAGGCCCUUCACUGUAUCACCAAGU